AUGACCUCUCAAGAUGGGCCAUCGACAAUAUCCAUAGCCCUUGCGACUGCCAUCCUGUCCGUAGCGACUGGGUACCUGAUCGGCUCUGCGUCGUCGAUUGGCGUGUUUGGGUCGUCGAGCACGGCCAGGAAAGCUGCGAAGAAAUCUUGGCCUAAUAGCUACGAUGUCACCAUACACCCUGAUAGCAGUGAUGAAGAGCUCAUGAAGCAGCUGGGACGGAAGCAGAGCAAGGAAGUGAAAGAUUCCGAAGAAGAGGAUGAAGCAGACAGCAGUGAGGAAGAAGUCGUUGGGGAGCUGGCUACGUUUGAAGGAAACAAAGAAGAAUGCAAGCUCGUGCUGGUGGUAAGAACGGACUUGGGCAUGGGCAAAGGGAAAAUAGCAGCGCAGGCUUCUCACGCGACGCUCGCUUGCUACACUACCCUCCGCACCUCCCACCCAAACCAUCCUGUGCUCCGCCGUUGGGAGUCGUUUGGGGCUGCUAAGAUUGCUGUGCAAGCUCAAUCGGAGGAAGAGCUGUUGGUUCUUCAAGCCCAGGCCAUCAGCCUAGGUUUGUGUGCGAGAAUCAUACACGAUGCUGGCAGAACGCAGAUAGCCAGUGGAACGGCGACAGUGCUCGGGGUUGGUCCUGCACCAAAAAGUGUUGUGGAUCAGGUCACUGGAAAGCUGAAGCUGCUGUGA